AUGACCAAAGUUGCUCUCAUAACAGGUGGUACAAGUGGGAUUGGGUUCGCGGUCGCCGAAGCUUUAGGCAAGACUGGGAACUGGCAAGUCAACAUAAUAGGUAGCAAUGCAGAGAAAGGCGCACAAGCAGCAGCUUCGAUUCCCAGCACCGCGUUCUACCAAGCCGACGUGAGCGACUAUGACAACUUGGCUUCGGUCUUUGACCAAGUCUUUCGUGCCGGUCAUCGUCUGGACUUUGUCUUCGUCAACGCCGGAAUAGCUGAGUACGAUGAUUAUUAUUCCCAGCAACCAGACACCGGAAUACCACCCAAGCCCGAUCUUUCGCUUGUCGAUGUCAACAUGAGUGGGGCUCUGUAUACCAGCUAUCUGGCGAUGCACUAUUUCCGUCGUUCUCCAAGAUCGACCGAGGGAGAAAGGAAUUUGGUCUUUACCUCCAGUAUUGGUGGGAUCUAUCCAUGCGCGUUGACCCCAGUCUACUCCAGUACUAAGCAUGCGCUCAUUGGAUACGUUCGGUCUACCGGCCAACGGCUGUGGGCUGAGGGUGUUAGGGUUAACGCCAUUUGCCCCGGUGUUGUUCAGACUCCCCUCUUUGACAAUGAAGCAUUUGGCUCAAUCUUUCCUGCAGAGGUGUGGAUUGAAAUCCAUGUUGUGAUUGACGUCGUGGUGCAACUUCUUUCAGGGGCUGAAAUGGUGGACGGCAAAGGGAUGCGCGUGGCUGGCGAUGAGAUGCACUCUAAAGCUCUUCAAAUUUCCGGGAAGACCUUCUUCUUCAUCGAGAUGUCAGAGUUUCAUGACAAAGCCGCGCGUCUCACAUGGAAAGCUAUGAUGGGCGAGGGCUUGAACCUGUAG